AUGGCGCGGUAGAACCACAUGGUGGGAGUUUUUCGAAGCAAUUCGAUACAUAUGAAUAUCCUUCAUGGCGGUUCAACGUUCAAGGCUCGAAGAACGACGGCCUAUUAUUUGUGAGGAACGAUUUUACACCAUGCCCCCUUCUUCAAGAUUGCUUCGGUCUUGCAAGUGCAUCAUUCACUGCUUCAAUGUGCCAAAUGGAUGGCGCUGUUGUGAUGGUUUUCCAGCGCCUUCUCAGACUCCAGGGCGGUGUUAAGGGAUGUUUCUGCUGUUGCCUCGGACAGGAGAUGAAAAUUGGAGUUCCUGUUCGAAGAGAAAUAGCGUCUAUUUCCGAGGAUUGGACCAUAUGGGAUACCUCCCUCACAAUUUAUGACGCCAAGGGAAGACCGAUAUUAAAGGUUAUUGGCCCCACUCUCCCGUCGUAUUGGUCCGGCGUCAUCUCCACGGAAGUGUUCAAGGUGAAAACACUGGCAGGCACUGUAGUCGGCGAGAUAUGGGCAGAACAACAGAUUCUCAGGGUCACCUUCCCCGUCAACCUGGACGUCCACAUCAAAGGAUGUCUCAUCGGUUGCACAAUUUUGGUCGCCUUCAUGUUUGACUUUAGGGGGUUCGCCAAAAACUGCCACCAAGUGGUGCGACAGUACGCAAGUCGUCGUCAAGGACAACGACUCUUCGAUUGACGGAGACGUUCCUGUCUUAUACAUUAACUGGACGUUUCCUCAUACAGAGCUGUUCCACGGUGAAAACGGCUGUUCACAGCCAUUGAUCACCAUGUUCCCAGAGGCAAACAAUAUAAUGAUUGCGAUACGAUCAUCAAUGCAGGAACAUCCUGUCUGUCGAGUGCAUAAAGACUGCAUAAGGGUGCUACGUAAUAUUUCAGAUGUGAAAUGUGAUAAAGUGCUAGAAAACCUGU